UUUUUUCUCUCUCUCUCUCUCUUACACACACGCAGACACACACACACACACAGACACUUUUUAUCAUCUCUUUCGUUUGUGAUAAUCUUCGAUGAAAAACAUGUGUUCGUUUUGUAUAUCGGUGAUCCUGAAAGGGAUUCGUUCAUUACGAAACUCGAUUCUCGUAGAGGAGGUCCUCCGUGUCCUCUCUUGAGAUUUCCCGCGCGAUGUACGACACCGUACGUAUCGAGGGACCAAUAAAGUGUUGCCAGAUCGCGUGUUCUCUUCUCGGGAUCGUGCGACGAUUGGUGAAAUCUAUUCGUGACACAAUGUUGGAAUUCUUUACGCCAGUGCCAGGUUCAUUGAAUCGGCAGCCCGAACCGGGACAGCCCGUACCUGCCGGACCAUCGCUUCCAUUUCGUUCAACGGGGGACAACAAUAACGCAGAAUCUUCGGUUUCCGUCAAAACGGAAUCCGGGCUACUGGAAACGAUCUGUGCUGGAUGCGGGCGUACGAUCACGGAUAAGUACGUGAUGAGAGUAAUGGAAAGAAACUAUCACGAGGAGUGCCUCUCCUGUGCGGCAUGUGCCGCACCGUUGUCGCAAUCCUGUUUCAUACGUGACCUCAAGUUUUACUGUCGAUCCGAUUACGAGAGGAUCUUUAGCGUUAAGUGCGCCCGAUGCAUGGAGAGGAUCAGCUGCAGCGAGAUGGUCAUGAGAGUUGCCGGCUUGAUCUUCCACAUGGAAUGUUUUGCCUGCUGCAUGUGCGGCCAACCGUUACAAAGAGGCGCUCAUUAUAUUUUGCGUCAGGGACAACCGAUCUGCAUUCAGGACUUGGAACACGAGCUUUACAUGAAAAGUCCACAAGAUGACGAUUUAUUGGAUGAAAAUCGACCACGUGAUGGUCGAAGAGGACCUAAACGGCCACGGACUAUUCUCACGUCGGCUCAAAGGCGACAAUUCAAAGCGUCCUUUGAAGUUUCGCCAAAGCCUUGCAGGAAGGUUAGAGAGGCCUUGGCAAAGGACACGGGUCUCAGCGUUCGCGUUGUUCAAGUAUGGUUUCAAAAUCAAAGGGCGAAAAUGAAGAAGCUUCAGAGGAAAGCGAAAACAGAACCUGGAUCAGACAAAGAGCCUAAGGAAGAAAGAAGAACGGAAAGUCCUCACAGCGAUCACAGUCAUUACUUGAACGCCAUAAAUAUGCGUGAUGGUGAAUCUUCAAACUUUCCAUCGGCCACACAACCACUUAACCCGAAUCACCCCUUUUCACCGGACGAUGGUUAUCCAGCCAAUUCCGGUGACAGUUUCUGUAGUACCGAUGAAUCACUGGACGGUGUCGUUGGCUUUGAAAUUGGCGAGAAUGAGAGCGGUGGUGCCGAUGGAAGUCAUCAGGGUGGUUCUCACUCUCAUCAUGGUUCUUCCUCUCACGAAGCACCCUCGUUGUCACAGGGUUUACACGCGGCUAUACACAAUCCAAUUGAUAAACUGUUCAUGAUGCAGAAUAGUUAUUUCAGUGGUGAUCACGCGUAAUCUAAGUUUUUUCGUGUUGUAUAUUAUUUUUUUCCCAUCUCUCUCUCUCUCUCUCUCUCUCUCUCUCUCUCUCUCUCUUUCUUUCUCUCUUUUCUUUUCUCUCUCUCUUUCACUUUCU